AUGACUAAGGCUGUCCGUAGUAGGGUACUUAAAGAUGCCAAUGGUGAUAUUAGUGAUCAUCUGCGCAACCACAUCCAUUUAACAAAUUGCAUUCAUCUGAAGAACCAUAUGCACAAGAACAGCCCCAUUCUGGCUGAUAGGUCGAUCAUGAGGGACCUUGUUGUGCUGCAGAGAUCACGGUCUCUUCGAGACCCUUCUGCAAGUCCUCCAUCGUGGCACUCACCUUCUGUAGUUGACAUGCUUUUCAAAAGAGUUGAAAAUGAUGCCGCGUCUCAAGGGGGGAGAAGGUCUGUAGGUGUUGAGAGAAGGAAGGAAGGGAGAAGAUUAUCCGGAACUUCACCACCCUUGGUGAGUAUAGGCUCAUCAAGAGUUGCCCCAGGUGAGAUUGGUAGGGGUAAUGAUGGGAUGACGGCACCUAGUGAACGUAGUUGCAGGAGUGGAGUGGGAGAUGGCAGGAGAGUUGGUAGAGAAGAAUCUGGUAGGAAGAAUGACAGGCCUGACUUUUUGGAUGUUAAUCAAGAGGAUCCCCUCAAUCAAGCAGGCAAAAGUUUGGCUGAAGAUGUAAUUUCAAGGCAUUCCGAGUCUAAAGAUAGAAAGAGCAAACAGAGGGGUAAGAAUGUUCGAGAUGCUCAAGUUAAGACCCUUUCUGAGCAGCUGAAUGAUGUUCCUUUGGAUAGUGAUGAUUUAGCAUCAACAAACAUUCAUUUUCGUGGAAGGUUUCCUAGACGGGAGAAAAUUAUUGAGGAGGCAGAUUCCCGGGUGCGCAGUAUUGGCAGCGGAAUGAAUAGGGGGAAAAGGCGUAAGUUUCGAAGUGCUCGAAGAACUAGGGUUGCUACAACAUCAAGAGAUAUUGGAGCUGAGAAUGAACUGUCUGUGGCUUCCAACUCAAUAGCUCAGGCUUCAGCUCACCAGAAAUAUCACUUGGAAGAGGCUGAUGAAUUUGCAGAUGAAAAUGUUACUAGAGCUCCAAAAAAUGGAUGUGGCAUUCCAUGGAAUUGGUCCAGAAUUCAUCAUAGGGGUAAAACAUUCCUUGACAUGGCUGGAAGAAGUUUGUCUUGUGGUUUAUCUGACUCAAGGUUGAAGAAAGGGACAUUUGCUGCCAAUGGAAGACAUAUUUCUGAGAUGCCUGUGGCAUCUGAGCAGUCAAGCUCAUAUACCAAGUCUGAUGCAGAGGCACUGCCUUUACUAGUUGAGGCAUCUGGAUCUCACGCAAGCACUGAAAAUGCUUGUUGGGAUCAUGACUAUUCUGGGGAACUAGGCCUUUUUGGUGAUAACUUAUUCAAGCAUGAUAUUGAUUCUGAUCUCGCUUCUGAAGCUAGAUCUGGUGAUCAGCAUAAGUUGAGAGGGAAUCGUCACAGUAGACACCAAAGUUUAACACAAAAGUACAUGCCUCGAACCUUCAGAGACAUGGUUGGGCAGAACUUAGUGGCACAAGCUCUUUCAAACGCAGUGAUGAAAAGAAAAGUUGGACUUUUGUAUGUGUUUUAUGGUCCCCAUGGCACAGGGAAAACUUCUUGUGCUCGCAUAUUUGCCAGAGCUCUGAAUUGUAAUUCUUCAGAACACCCAAAACCUUGUGGCUUUUGCAAUUAUUGCAUGGCACAUGAUAUGGGCAAGAGUAGAAAUAUAAGGGAAGUAGGUCCAGUUAGCAAUUUUGACUUUGAGAGCAUCAUGGACCUACUCGACAAUAUGAUUGUUUCCCAGCUUCCAUCACAUUACAGAGUGUUUAUUUUUGAUGACUGUGAUACUCUGUCAACAGAUUGUUGGAAUGCCAUAUCAAAGGUCAUUGACCGAGCACCUAGACGUGUGGUUUUUAUCCUUGUCAGUUCCAGUCUUGAUGUCUUGCCUCAUAUAAUAAUAUCCAGGUGUCAAAAAUUCUUUUUCCCAAAGCUGAAGGAUGCAGAUAUUAUAUAUACACUGCAGUGGAUUGCAACCAAAGAAGGUCUAGAAAUUGAGAAGGAUGCUCUGAAACUGAUUGCAUCAAGGUCAGAUGGAUCUUUGAGAGAUGCUGAGAUGACUCUUGAACAACUUAGUUUACUUGGGCAGAGAAUAUCCGUACCUCUUGUUCAAGAACUGGUAGGGCUAAUAUCUGAUGAGAAAUUGGUGGAUCUGCUUGAUUUGGCAUUAUCUGCAGACACAGUUAACACUGUGAAGAAUUUGAGAGUGAUCAUGGAGACAGGUGUCGAGCCAUUGGCUUUAAUGUCACAACUUGCUACAGUAAUUACAGAUAUACUUGCUGGGACCUAUGAUUUCGCAAAAGAAAGGCGAAGAAGGAAGUUCUUCCGGAGACAACCAUUGUCCAAAGAAGACAUGGAAAAGCUGCGCCAAGCUCUGAAAACUUUGUCUGAGGCUGAGAAGCAGUUGAGGAUGUCCAAUGACAAGCUAACAUGGUUAACAGCUGCCUUACUUCAGCUUGCUCCGGACCAGCAAUAUGUGUUACCAAAUUCAUCUGAUAAUAGUUUCAACCAUAGUCCAUUCACUCUAAAAGAUGCAGAUGCAAAAGAAGCAGCUAGACUGACUGGUAAUCCUGUUGACAUUCCUAACAAAGUGAGACGAUUAUCAAUGGAUGCUAGAAUUGAAAAUUUCCACGCUGGUAGCUCAGCAGAUGGUAUGACAAGGGGUCUUGGUUCUGAGAAAAAGCGACAUAGUGUGUCUGGUUUUACUCCUCAACAUACCCUGCAUGCCACUGAUAAGAUUAGGAUGAAUGAGAGGCAGAUUUUGGGUAAGAACCGGAAAGAAAUUGGAGAGAUAUGGUUAGAGGUGCUGGAGAGAAUACAAGUUACUGGUUUGAAAGAGUUUCUGUUUAAAGAAGGCAAGCUGAUCUCUGUUAGUUUUGGGGCGGCUCCAACUGUGCAGCUAAUGUUUAGUUCUCAAUUAACCAAAUCUACUGCUGAGAAGUUCAGAGGCCACAUCUUACAGGCAUUUGAAUCUGUCCUUGGAUCUUCUAUAACAAUUGAAAUUAGAUGUGAGUCAAACAAAGACGCAGGCUUGGUUGUUCAACAACCUCUUACAUUGGCUGCUACCAAUGAUAGUUUGUCUCAGAUCAGAGACUUUAAUGGACUUGGUGCUCUAUCUCAUCCAACAUUAAGUGAUUCUGUUGAAAAGAAUAGGGGUGAAAUUGUAGAAGAAGCAUCUUCUCAAGUGGAGCACAAGAAUAACGAGCAGCAGGUUGAUGCUCAUGGAACAUCUCAUAAAAAUUUAGAAGGUACAAGUAUAGGACAAACAUCAGCUUCCCAAAAAAAGCCAUUUGUUAAGUCACAGUUGGACCAAAGAAAGCUUAUGGAGAAAAAUCAAAGUCUAAGUCUUGUAAGAAGCAAAGUAUCUCUUGCUCAUGUAAUCCAGCAAGCAGAAGGCCAGAGAAGUGGGUGGUCAAAACGUAAGGCAGUUUCCAUUGCUGAGAAGCUUGAACAAGAGAAUCUGAGACUGGAGCCAAGAUCAAGAAGCUUGCUAUGCUGGAAAGCAUCGAGGGCAACCCGGCGAAAGAAGGAGGCGUCCUUAAUUCUAGCUAAAUUGGUUGCUAUGGUAACUGCUGUCACGGUUGAAGAUUCGAAGCCGAAAACCACGUGCACUGCUGAAUCUGGUCUCAUGUGGGAAAUGUCUGUCUACAAAAUCUCCGAGGUAGUUAUGGAUAUGGGAAUGUUUGUCUUUUCCUUUGGACCUUCAAUGGUAAGUGCUAAACUCUGGCGACACUUCUGCCCAGUAAAUAUGGAUAAAGUUCCUGUAAAGUGA